AUUGCCGGUGAGGUGGGCAUCGCUCAGUGACUGUGGCCGGGACAUCUGGAUUUGUCAGCCAUGGCUAAUAUGUCCCAGUGCCUGGAUGAUUUCACCUUGGCAUCCCGGUGGCCCGCAGCACCCCCGGACCUGUACAGCGAGGCUCAGCGCCUGGCUCUGGAAGAGCUGGUGUCCGGGGGUCCGGAGGCGCUGCGUGGGUUCCUGAAGCGAGAGCGGGUCCCAGAAUUCCUGUCCGAGCUGGAGGUCGGAGAGAUUCUGAGCUCUGCAGCCUCUCUCCAGUGCGGGGAGGACGAGGUGUCCGUGUCCGCAUCUGUGGACUGUUCCUCCGUUACUUAUUUCCCAGAAAUCUCGGACCUGGAGCCGCCGUUGCUGGAGCUUGGAUGGCCGGCCUUCAGCGCUGGCUCGUACCGGGGUGCCACACGGGUUGAGGUGCACUUCCAGCCCGGCUACGGGGAGUCCAUCUACAGCUGCAAAGAGGCGGCCAGAGCUCUGAUCAGAACCGCCCGGGAGGUGAUUGCAGUGGUCAUGGAUUGCUUCACAGAUAACGACAUAUUUCGUGAUAUUCAUGAAGUUUGCAGAAAGCGCAAGGUCCCAGUUUACAUCUUGCUUGAUGAGUCACAGGUGCCGCACUUUCUCACUAUGUGCCUAAAUCUUGGGAUUUCCAUAGAAACUGAACAGUUUAUGAGGGUCCGAACAUUAACUGGCAAUAAUUACUACACCAGAUCUGGUGCAAAGAUUGUUGGAAAAGCUCGUGAGAAGUUUCUACUUGUGGAUGGGGUGAAGGUCGCUACAGGAAGUUACAGUUUUACCUGGAUGGAUGGGAAGCUUAAUAGUAGUAAUAUGCUUGUGUUAUCUGGACAAGUAGUAGAGAAAUUUGACCUCCAGUUUAGGAUACUCUAUGCCCAGUCCAAACCAAUUAGUACAAAGCUUCUGUCUAGUUUGCGAAACCGUGAUGUGGACAAGUUGACAUGUAACUUACCACUACAUAAAAAGCCAUUACUAAGCAAUCUUCUGCAUCUGGAUAUUGCAAAGGUGUCUAGUACCCCCAAGAGAAUGGCUGCUGACCACAGAGCACUGUGGGAUAAGGACUUGGGAACAAGUGCUAAUGUGAGGGCUUCAGAAGAUGACUGGUUGCAAAUGUGUGAUGUAAUAUCUGGCCUCAAGGAGACACAGAGUAUGGCCACUCAGACUGAACCAUGGCAUGCUAAGUGCAAUGUCAAGGGAGUGGAUGCAGCCAUCCAGACAAAUGUCUCUACUUCAAUUGCUGGCACUCAAACAUCUGUUCCAGCAAGGGUGGCUUCUACCCAAACUGUGAUGUUCUCAAGAUCCACUACAACACAAACAACCAAUGUUCCAGAGACAGGGGCAGGUCUUACUCAAAGUACAUCACUUUCAUCUGCUCCAAAGUUAUCCACCUCAUCUUCCACAUUCACGUCCUCCUCCUCUUCUUCCUCUUCGAUGUCUACUGCCAGCACCAGCUCAAAUACCUCCAUUCGCUCAGCUGACCUCAUGAGUGCUGGACAGCGCCAUACGGAAUAUCCGAUGCGGGACUGUCUCCAGAAACUAACCAAGGAACGUCAAUAUCAUUACACUACGAUCCGGUCCAAACUAGAUCAUAUGGUUUCCAUACUUUCCAGGAAGAACCGUUUGGCCAAUUCCUAUUUUAGCUGUGCACCACUUGGCUAUGGCUUGCAGCGAAGAGAUGUAAUGCACACCAGUCUACUCAAUCUCCGUGAUGGGGUUCGCUUUGCCCCCAAUAUGUGAGGGUGUGGAUGGCUUUUAAAAUAUAGUAAAAACAAAACAAAACACAACAACCCUUUUUCUAGUAGUGGAGGAUGGGAGCUUGAGACUUGAUGGCAAACACUAAUGGCAUUAUUCUCCCCCCCCCCCCCCAAAAAAAAAAAAAAAAAGAAAAAUCUACGUUAACACUAUUAAGUCUUAGCCAUGUAAACUACUACUGGUUAAAAUGUACCCAAACGGGUGUAAUAUUUAAUAUGUAGAUAUAACACUAUUUUCUAAUUUCCUGUUUUUAAAAUACUUAAAUUUACUAGUUUUGAUACUGAAGUUGGCCACAGUUCCUGCAAGCUUCAAAGCCCCAGGUUUAUCUGGAGUUGGGUUUACGUUAAAUAGACGGGUAUCAACAUCAAGAUGCUUUACAGCUUUUGCCUGCAGCAGAGUAUGGGUGACGCUUAGCCUUAAACAGAAGCAGGAGCUGUCAUGUUUAUACCAUCAAAUAUGAGACAUUUAGAAUCUGCUGAGACAGAGUGCAAAACAUGUUCAAACAUUUACCACUACCAGAAUGCUGUUCAAGAAAAAGACGCUGGACCUUCUAACACUUGAUAAUUGCUUAACUCUUGCCAUGUGUUUUAUUUUUUUGUCUAUAUGUUAUUUUGUAUAUAUUUUUACGUAUACUGUUAAUUUAAUGUGUCUACUACUGCAUAAUGCAAUGCUGUGUUUGCAUUGGUUGUAUAAGUAGUCAGAGGGAGAAAUGUGUUCAAACGUUUACUUCCCAAGGAAGUUUUGCGAGAUAAUGCAUUUGUACUGGUAUGAUUGCAUAAAGAAUUGAUUCUAACAUAACUCCCUGACCUUAUAAAGAUAUCAUUAUUUGACUUAAGAUAAAUUCUGAUUCCAGAUAGACGUGAUUAACAUAACUUGCAGCAAAAAUUAUAGACCAAAGUUUUCAAUGGCAUAUUCAAUUGUGGUAAUAUAAAGGUCUUUUCUAGAUCGGACCUCCUGCUUUUAAAAUAAAAUACAAAUAAGUGGAGACUUAAUGGCUGCCUUUAAAACUUUUACGUUGAAGGAUCGUAAAGAAACAAUUGUACUUCUGAAAAUAAGUACAGGUUGAGUAUCCCUUAUCCAAAAUGCUUGGGACCAGAGGUAUUUUGGAUAUGGGAUUUUUCCGUAUUUUGGAAUAAGUGCAUACCAUAAUGAGAUAUCAUAGUGAUCGGACCUAAGUCUAAGCACAGAAUGCAUUUGUUACAUAUACACCUUAUACGCACAGCCUGAAGGUCAUUUUAGCCAAUAUUUUUUAUAACUUUGUGCAUUAAACAAAGUGUGUGUACAUUCACACGAUUCAUUUAUGUUUCAUAUACACCUUAUACACACAGCCUGAAGGUCAUUUAAUACAAUAUUUUUAAAUACUUUGUGUAUUAAACAAAGUUUGUGUACAUUGAGCCAUCAGAAAACAAAUGUUUCACUAUCUCACUAUCACACAAAAAAGUCCGUAUUUCGGAAUAUUCCGUAUUUUGGAAUAUUUGGAUAUGGGAUACUCAAUCUGCAUAUACUCAAACCUUAGAACCAAGACGGGCGUGAUUGAAUUUAUUGUAGUUUUAAGUAUAAAACAUGUUCAAUAACACAUUGGUUUGCGUUUAAAAAAACAAAACAACAUAAACAAACCUCAAACAACAAAUUGCAAACAGGUUUGUCACUCAUUGCAUUAUUAAGUCUUCUAAUAUUAACCUGGUAGCAGCUGUAUUCUUUGUAUGCCUGUGAUGGGGAUGUGUUUGAUAUGUACUGUUUCUUGUAUAGGCUGUGUACAAUAUUAUGCACUCUUGGUGAUGGUACUUUUGCAGCACUGUAUUGUGUCACUAUGGCUGAAAAAUGUGUCUAUGCUUCUAAGUUGUGGAAUUGUUUGAUGUAAAAAGGACAUUGUGACAUUACUGAUGUAUUUGUACCGUUAUGUGCAAUUAAACUAGUUGGGCAGGUGCACUUUCUUCUUUA